AUGUUUCAUCCAACAUUUCACAAGACAGAGAGGGGUUAUGAAUGUAAGGAAUGUGGGAAGUCAUUUGGUAACCUUUCAAACCUCUCUAGACAUAAAAAAAAUCACAGUGGAGAGAGGCCCUAUGAAUGUAAGGAAUGUGGGAAAGCAUUUAAUCAGCUCUCACACCUCUCCAGGCAUACAAGAAUUCACAGCAGAGAGAGGCCCUAUGAAUGUAAGGAAUGUGGGAAAGCAUUUAAUGAGUUUUCAAACCUCUCCAAACAUAAAAGAAUUCACACUGGAGAGAUGCCCUAUGAAUGUAAGGAAUGUGGGAAAGCAUUUAAUGAAUUUUCAUACCUCUCCAGACAUAAAAGAAUUCACACUGGAGAGAGGCCCUAUAAAUGUAAGGAAUGUGGGAAGACAUUUGGUUGUUCCUCAAACUUCUAUAGACAUAAAAGAAUUCACAGUGGAGAGAAGCCCUAUGAAUGUAACGAAUGUACUAAAUCAUUUAGUCAGCUGUCAUAUCUCUCUAGUCAUAAAAGAAUUCACACAGGAGAGAGGCCUUAUGAAUGUAAGGAAUGUGGGAAAGCAUUUCAUAACCUUUCACACCUCUCCAGACAUAAAAGAAUUCACACUGGAGAGAGGCCCUAUAAAUGUAAGGAAUGUGGGAAGGCAUUUAGUUGUUCCUCAAACUUCUGUAGACAUAAAAGAAUUCACAGUGGAGAGAAGCCCUAUGAAUGUAAAGAAUGUACUAAAGCAUUUAGUCAUCUGUCAUACCUCUCUAGGCAUAAAAGGAUUCACACCGGAGAGAGGCCCUAUGAAUGUAAGGAAUGUGGGAAAGCCUUUAGUCAGCUCUCAUACCUCUCUAAACAUAAAAGAAUUCAACAUGGAGAGAGACCCUAUGAAUGUAAGGAAUGGGGGAAAGCAUUUAGUCAGCUACAAUACCUUUCUAACCAUAAAAGAAUUCACAGAGCAGAGAGGCCCUAUAAAUGUAAGGAAUGUGGGAAAGCAUUUGGUCAGCCCUCAGUCCUCUCUGUACAUCAAAGAAUUCACAGUGGAGAGAAGCCCUAUGAAUGUAAGGAAUGUGGGAAGGCAUUUAGUUUUUCCUCAAACUUCUGUAGACAUAAAAGAAUUCACAGUGCAGGGAGCCCCUAUGAAUGUAAGGAAUGUGGGAAGACAUAA